CAUAACCAAUAUGACGCAACUAUUUCUAACAUGAGGAAUAUACAGUUUUGAACAACUUAUACUGUAUUAUGUCAUACAGUAGAACAUACAGUAUAAACUUAAUGUGAAGAUCCAUGUCUCAAAUGGAUUACAAGAAAGGGACAAAUCCACGAACUGAAACGGAUAUUCCUGUUGAAGGCGCCUGUUUAUAUCACAGUUUAACAAACUCACCCAUGAAUUCAAUAGUUGAUACAGUUGAGAGAACCAAAAAACGUAUACAGAAGGAGAUUGACUGUGAUAGCUGUAUGGAAGAAGACCAACAAGAACAUGCUGUAGUCAGAUGUAUUGAAUGUGCUGAAAACCUAUGCAAAAUAUGCGAAAAAUACCACCGCAGAAUUAAAUCCACAAAAUCGCAUGAGCUCGUUGAACUGACUGGAAAUCCUGAAAAUGAUCUGAGCAUUAUAAUAGAAGGCCUCUCUAAAAGGAAUAUUGAUUGCCCAAAGCAUCCUGACCAGUCUCUUCAGUUAUACUGUAAGGCAGACAAGAUUCCUGUUUGUAGAGAAUGUUGUAUAGCCAGACAUUCUGGACACCAAUGCGUGAAAAUUGAACAAGUUGCUAACACUGAGAUGCAAAAUAUCUCUGCAACAAUCAAGCUGGGCUUCACACAAAAAGAAUUUCUCGACCAACAGAUUAAAUCUUCAACUGAUGUUAUCGCAACUGAGAAAGAAAAAUUUCAAAAACUUUUAAUGAGUAUGAGAUCUGACCAUCAUGCUAUCAGAAUUGAGAUAGCUCUUUGGUUUCAGAAACUGGAAAAGGCUGUGUUUAGUUUGCACAACAAAACCAUAAAUCAGAUAGAAUCUCAAAGAUAUACUAUAGAAUGUAAAAAGAGCGUCACUGAAUCUACAUUACUGAACCUGACCUCCUUGAAAAAGUAUGGGCAUCCAGUUGAGAUUGUAAACUCAAGUACGGAGAUAAAACAAACACUUCAUGAUUGGAGUUCCUCGAAUUUAGAAGAUGACUUUGAACCUCAUAACACGAGCAUAUUUGAACCAGGGUACUUGGAUACCUCUCAAGAAUCGAUCUUACGCUACAAUAAACCGCAAGUGAGGGUGCUAUCAGUGCCAUCUUUACAAAACAAAAUACCACAUUCACCUAAAAUAUACAAAACCGUACAUUUAGUUGACAAAAAGAGUUCAUAUACUGCAAUAAGAGACAUAUGUAUAACAAACAAUAAUAAAAAUAUUUUAGUGCUAGAAAGCUCCUUUGGUGAAGAAUGUAUAUUAGCAUUAUAUAAAAAUGACGGGAAAACAUUAAUAAAAACAUUCACAAGAUUUUUUCAUGAUAAUGAUAGAGUGUGUACUCUGAAAGAUGAUUGCUAUGCGGUCAUCGACUCUAAACAAGACUAUGUAGCUAUUUACAAUCAAGCGUUUGGACUAUUGAAAAACAUUGGUAAAUUUCAAGAUCCAUGGGACGUAUGCAUGAACUCUGCAGGAGAGCUUGUGGUCAUUGAUCGAGGUGCAAAAUGUGUGUAUAUUAUUGACUACAAAGAUGGAUCCAUCCUAGCAACGAUUGGUACGGAUAUAAUACAAGAUCCAUGUUUUGUAACAACAAAUAGCAAAGACGUGGUGAUCAUAUCUGAUCUCGAUCUCAACAGCGUCAAAGGAUUCAGCAAAUAUGGUGAGCUUGCAUUUAGCUAUGGCACAAUGGGAUGUGGUGAUAAUGAACUCGACAGCCCACAAGGGAUCUGUACAGACUCACUUGAUAACAUCAUUAUAGCUGACUGUGGUAACAACAGGGUCCACAAGUUGGAUCCAACAGGGAAGUUUAUUAAAUACCUCCUGACUCCAGAAGACAAUGUUAAGUCACCCAAUGUGGUUACAAUUGAUCACAAUGGUGACCUACUUGUAAGUACCAAGGAAGGAGAUCUUAACUUCAUAAAAUACAUGGAAAACUCAGAAAAUACAAAAAUCAUAGUUUUAGUGUAACAACAGGUGUCAACAGGUGCCUAGUGACUAUACAGAAAUUGGAAACUGAUAGAUAAUUACUGUUUAUGAGUACAGUACAGUUAAACAUGUUUUAGUGAACACCUCUUCAGUGAACACCAAUAUCUGAUGAACACCCCUUCUCAGCACAGAUUCCACAGACUUCUGUAUAAAAUUCCCAACAUGCAGUCAACACAUUUUUGUGACCCCAUAAGUGUUCAACCAACACAGGUUCUACUGUACAUUUAAAUAAAAUAGUUAAACUGAUGUUGAUUUGUAAACUUAUUUGUAUAUUCAAAUAUCUACAUACCUUUGCAAUUUCUCUCUUGGCCAAGUCAGGGGAGUUGGAGUACAGCGAGCCUAAUAUCUUCAUGGUCUCAUAAUUGUUGGGUUGAGCUUUAAUCACUUUCUCAAAACACAUAGAUGCCUGUAAUAAAACAAUUGAACAAUUACAAACAAUGAUGGUAAUGUAAUGUAAUGAUGGUUUUGUAAAUUAAUAAAUGUAGCAAAAAUCACCAAUGAGAACAUGGCCUGGUGAUCUUAUCAAGUCCUUUGUUAUUUUAUGUUCUAGAUAUGAACACCAGUUUAUAAGAACACUUUGAGUUGGUCU